AACCUCUCGGCUUAAUUCUUAUCAUUUUGGUUCCCUAUGCAGUGUGCUAUGGAGCUUCAAUUGUCGUCCACUUUCCUCUCAUCCUCCAUCUCCAGCCCCUAUUUGAUGAUAGUCCCCAAAGAACAUAUAAACCAACAAAAACAACAAGUUUUGAGUAUCAAAUCAUCAAGUUUAAUUCCAGAAAACAUUUCGGGAGGCCUGCAAAAAAGUUCAAAGAAAGACCUGUCUCGUUUACUGAGAACAGAAGCCGCUAUUAAUGGUAUCGAGAGGAAAGCCGACUCUCAGAAAUACACUAACCUUUGGCCCAAAGCUGUUUUGGAAGCUCUCGAUGAUUCUAUUAAACAAAACCGUUGGGACUCUGCUCUUAAGAUUUUUGGCCUUCUUCGCAAGCAACACUGGUAUGAGCCAAGAUGCCACACAUAUGCUAAGCUUUUGGUGAUGCUCGGCAAGUGCAAGCAGCCAAAUCAAGCUAGCUUGCUUUUUGAGAUCAUGCUAACCGAUGGGCUUCAACCAACACUAGAUGUUUACACUGCACUUGUUAGUGCAUAUGGCCUUAGUGGCCUCCUUGAUGAGGCGCUGCGCACCAUUGAUGAUAUGAAAUCAGUUAGUAAUUGCAAGCCUGAUGUGUAUACUUACUCAAUCCUUAUUAAGUGCUGCACUAAAUUUCGUCGUUUUGAUAUGAUUGAAUAUAUUUUAGCCGAGAUGGCAUAUUUGGGAAUUGAAUGUACUUCUGUGACUUACAAUACCUUAAUUGACGGCUAUGGUAAAGCUAAGCUGUUUGAGCUGAUGGAAAGCUCCUUGACAGAUAUGAUCGAAAGUGAGACUGCCUCUCCAGAUGUUUUCACCUUGAAUUCAGUAAUUGGGUCCUAUGGUAGCUGUGGGAAACUUGAGAUAAUGGAGAAAUGGUUUGAAAAUUUUCAGGUAAUGGGAAUAAAGCCAGAUGUUAUGACAUUUAACAUUCUAAUCAAGUCAUAUGGAAGAGCUGGCAUGUAUCAGAAAAUGGAGUCUGUACUUGAUUUUAUGAGGAACCGGUUCUAUUCCCCAACAGUUGUGACAUACAAUAUUAUCAUUGAGAUAUUUGGGAAGGCUGGACUAAUUAUGAACAUGGAAGAGCUUUUCCUACAAAUGAAGCACCAAGGAGUGAAGCCAACCUCAUUCACUUAUUGCUCUAUUGUCAGUGCUUAUGGUAGAGCUGGACUUUUGGAAAAAGUUGAUUCAAUCAUGAGGCAAGUAGAGAAUUCUGACGUAGUUCUGGAUACUCCUUUUUUCAAUUGCAUCAUUAGUGCUUAUGGUCAAGCUGGUGAUAUAGAGAGGAUGGUGGCAUUGUUCUUGGAAAUGAAGGUCAGAAAAUGUAAACCAGACUACAUCACAUUUUCUACCAUGAUCCAGGCCUACAAUUCACAAGGGAUGAUUGAAGCUGCCAAUGACUUGAAGAGUAAAAUGAUUACUGCUUGUGAAUCAAAUGAGAAAUGAUCAGCGGCUAGUACUAUUAUUCUGUCACUGGAGGAAAACUUUCACGUGGAAUUCUGUUCAUCAAUGUUGUGAAAGUGCGCAGAGUGUUAUCUGCAUGUGAUCUUAAGGAUGCUAUAACAAUUUGUAAAACAGAUGGCAUUGAUCCGAGGAAAGAAGACAGACAUAACAGGAUUGCGGUUUUAAUGGUGGAGAGGGAGGACGUGAUCAAGGGACGGCAAUUUAAGGCUCUAGAGCUCUUGCUGGGCAGCCACUUUGGUGUAACUUCUCUGUAUAGCUUUAUGGUUUGUCUGCCUGUGUAUGAGAGAAGAGAGAAGAUAGGUUCUUGUUAUCUGGGAUCUGACUCACAGCCAUUCUCGAGGAUAGGUUCGGAGCAGGUCAGUGAUGUAACAGGGCUUUCAAAAGGGCAAACCAAUGCACACGGUGGAGCAUUAUUAAGGCAGAUGCUGAUUCUUCCUUCUGAAUUGGGUCUUUUUACCUCUUACUGGCUGCAAGUCCUGAGUAGCAGAGAUAUGGAGCAUUAAAAUGUAAGGCAAUUUACCAGCCCUUUGCUUGUUACCUGUUAUUGGAUAUAUAAUUACAAUUCAUGUUUGACAUAUCUCUAAAUAAUUCAAAUGGAUUCAGCAGAAGUCUAAGAGAAAAAAAAAACAGAAUUUUCCAUUAUAAACUGUUGAGUUACUGUCAGUGCUUCUGCCUUGUAAUUGCUACUUUUGCUCUUUGAGGGAUAUUCUCAGCUGAUCCUUGUGGAUACGCCAAGAGAUCCAUCUGUACAAUAUAGUAGGUUCUUUGGUUGA